GAACUUCAAACGUUGCACUCCGGCUCGCGUACGUCGCCGGAACAACAGGGAGGCAUGAAAGUGCCGCACAGAUGAAUGGGUGCAGAAACUGGUUGUUUUUCCUCACUUUGUCGUAGCUGUAACGUCGUCAUGUUUUAAGUAGACAAACGCACGUACACAACGGACGGGUUCAGUGAUGGAGUGCGACAUUUUGGACUCGCUGGAGCAGCUCGGCUAUGACGGCCCUUUGCUGGAGGAGAAGGCGCUGCUCACGGCCGCAGACGGAGGCCUGUCCUCCCCAGAGUUUGUGGAGCUGUGCAGGUGGCUGGCGUCCAGGUUGAAGCCGAUGUGCGAUCUGGAGGAGAGCAUCACGUCCGGUCCAGACGACAUGGACAGCCUUCAGGUGGAGAUGAGUGGGUUGCUGAAGGAGCUGCACUGUCCUCAUGAAGAGGUCGUUUCUGGGAUCCUCAAAGGCAGCGCGCCAAGCACAAAGGACCAUCUCAAAUGUGUUUUGUUUUUAAGCUCAGAGCUCCAGGCAGCCCAGAUUGUGAGCAGCAGAGGAGUUUCUAAUAAAGAAGCCGAAGAGAGUCCGGUGUGCCAGGAGCUGCAGGCAAUCUUUGAAACACUGAAGCUGCCGGAGCCCAGAGGACAGGACGCAGCAGGAGUUUUAUCUCAAGUCCAAGACAAGGUUGAUGAAAUGCUUAAAGAUCUCCCAGGUGGCUCCGAUGGCGAGCCGGUGCUGAAGAAAUCUCUAUCGAGUGAACAAUGGGAGAAGUUGCACAACAUGAACACAGCUCUGUCAUCUGAGUACGAGUGUCGGCGCAGGAUGCUGAUCAAACGGCUGGACGUCACCGUUCAGUCAUUCGGGUGGUCUGACAGAGCCAAGGUAAGGGUGGACAGCAUGGCGAGGGCCUACCAGCCUAAGAGACACUCCCUGAAGCCUCAGUCCACCGUGGACAUGGCCAAGCUGCUGGCCGCCAGAGAGGACAUCUGCAACGUGGUGAAGACGAGCAGCGGCGCCAGCAGGGAGAAGACAUCCUGUGCUGUCAACAAGAUCCUGAUGGGGAGAGUCCCGGACAGAGGAGGACGUCCCUCUGAAAUACAAGCCCCGCCUCCUGAGAUGCCGCCCUGGCAGAAAAGACAAGAUGGCGGUGGCUGGGGAGGCCGUGGUGGUGGUGGAAGAGGAGGAGGAGGAGGUGGCGGCUGGGGAGGAGGAGGAGGCGGCGGCGGUGGCUGGGGAGGAGGAGGAGGUGGUGGGGGUUGGAGAGCGGGUGGAUGGAACCAAGGAGGAUACGGUGGACAUGGAGGAAAGAGAGGAUGGUACUAGUAUUGAUUUCUUGAGUGUUGCGAGUUAUGCUGUUUUUUCAUAUGAACUCAAUUCUGUUUGUUUUGGAGUUUUUUUGUUUUUUUUCAUGAAGCGUGAAAACACUGUUAGAUGUCAGUGUAAAUCGUCUUCAUUUUAGAUGAUUGUGCUCCUUUUUUUAACUUUAAAAGUGUUAUUUUUUACAUAUUGUUAUCUGUGUUUUUAGAAGUGAAAAUGCCAGUAUUACCAUACCAUUAUUACUAUACCAUUAUUAUGAGUAUUUUGUACUAAAACAAAUUAUUUAAAUCUGAACUUGGCCAUAAGGCUGUAAUUGUUUCUCAUCCAUAGUACAUGCUAAUUCUAAGAGUAUGCAUGGUCACACUGGACUGUAUAGGUUACAAAACUAAAGGACAGUUCACUCAAAACCAAGAAAGCAUGUUUUUCCUCUCACGUGUCAUGCUGUUAUUGCCAUCUAGAUAAUUUUGUUUUUUGUUGUUGAGAGACAGUUUAAUGAAGGAACUAUUUUCUGUUAUUACUGCAAAGAAGGGAGUGCACAUGUACUUAUGGAUGAGAGGCUAGCAGCUCAGCCGAGCAGGACACUAUUAAAGGUGCAAUAUGGAAGAAUUGGUCACCUUGACUUCAUACUGCCAACACAUGGGUGUUUUAUACAUCCAUGAGUGUGGCUACUGUUAGCCAGGGGGAGUGUUGGCGAUCACACUGCUAGCACAGGAACUUCUGACUGCUUGGAGAAAGAGCAUUGCAGGCCUCGGGCUAGCUUCAGUAGGUAUCUCUUCAAUGCAAUGCAUAGAAAUCUUUGAUGUAACAUUAAGACAGUUGUUUCUCCACAUUCUGUUGAUGCUUUUAGUUCAGUUUUGAUGUUUUAAACAAUAAUUACAUGCCUACAUGCUGCACCUUCAGUGUUUGCUUCCUGUACUGUCAUCAGCACAAGCCUCCAGUCCACAAGAGGAUACUCGCUUCAUUCUGCAGUGCUAGCUAGGCAGGUGUAGUUUAGUCAAAAGAAAAUAGUUACUUCAUGAAUCUGUUCACAACUAGGUCUUUGGAUUAUGUUGAACAAGUAGGUCAUAAUUUGUGGAACAUUGAUCUUGAGUUGAGGGCGACAUCUUUACUGGUGAUAACGCCGAAGCUCAUUCCCAAACAGUUCAGAUGGAUAAAUGACACAACAGAGAAAAAUAUGUAUUUUUGAGGCUAACUGUCCCUUUUUAAGUGUCCUUAAAACAGUCAGCAUGUAUACUGAAAACCCUUUGACUGUGCUGUUGACAAACCCGUUUCUCCGACACUGGAAAACAUCAAAUCUAACAGCGAAUGGUAGUCGAACAACCCCCGGGAACUGGAGUUUUUUACUUUUAAAUUUUGACAAACAAUUUACUAGUUUAAGUCAAUUCCCUUGAUACUAACUGCAAUAACAAUGGUCUAUUGCAUCGCACUGGGAGAUAACUUGCAUUUUUGACAAGUUCAGGUACCAGAAGGUGAAUAAUGCUGAACAGAGGGACAAAGACACUACAUAUGUAUUCUACCCUAAACAUUUUACCAUCUGAAGCUCUUGUAAUUCAACUGUCAAUUGAAUUGAACCAGGAUUUAAGGGUUCAGGGAUGGAUGUUUUGCUGCAAACCUUAGAAGGCACAUGACAGAGUAAUCUUCCCCUGGCCGGAGGUGUCAGCGUGCACCCUAAGGACUGAAACCACUGCUACCUGUAAGACGAGAUGUGGAGGACACUGUAAGAAGACUGGACUUUCCUAACACAGGAAAGUGUCUUCCGCCUCCCUCUCAAGGACUUUGACUCUUGCCUUAUUCCUUUUGAAGAUUCUGUACCAGCUGAGACAACUGUGAUUCACCUCUGAAUUUAUUUAAUAAAGAGCCCUCCCCCCCAUCUUGAUGUAAUUAUCAGCUACAGAAAUAGUGCAACCAGAGAUGGAGAGCCACUGGCUGACUCCUGCCACAAGGUGGCAUAAUAAACCAAUGCAAAGAAGAAAAAGGUUUACUUCCAAAUAUUUAUUCUUGGCUGAAAAGAUUUUCUACAUGUUUUAUUCAAUGGCAUACCAUUUGUUGUUCAAUAGAUACAGUUUAUACAUAGUCUUUACAAUAACCAAUAUUCAUAAAAGCAGAAUUUUACAUUGUGUACAUUAUGAACAACAUACCUGUACAAACAGUCGCACCUUGGCCACAAAAAUCACUCUUUUCAGUCUCCACACUAAGACUCAAUCAGUAUGGUAAAACCAAAAAAACACGUCGCAAAUUCAUACGGGCCUUCAAAGGAUCCAGUCAAAAUACAUCAAUGUAUUUUUCUCCAGUUAAGAUCAGAACCCAUGUGUCUGACACUAAUAAGAAAAAAUGGUAAGACAAAUAUUCUCUUCAAUUUGGCCACAUUAUAACUUAAGUUGGCGCCUACGCAAAAUAUUCCAAAGAUACUUCACUUCAUGUAAACUUUGUUUCUGUACAGGUGGACUUCAUAAUUGAGCUGUCAAUACUAUUCAUAGCUGCAGCAGUAAACAGACACAUACUGGUCAGAUGGUGCUCAUCCACAGUCAAGAGGUCAUUUGUAACAGCAGGAAAUGUCUCUGACUGGACUGAAGAUGAGCAGAAUGCUGUAACUAGAGAUAACUCUCUGCUUCACACUAAUACUGAGCUGCACAGCGAUAUUAGAUACACCUGAAUACUGUCACAAUUUAGGGGAUCCAAGCCAAAUUCCAGAACUACUAUGAUCACUGCUUUUUCUUUUGUUUCUGAGCAACAACUGCCAUUAAUAAAAAGCAU